CUUUCCACCGCUGACCACGCCUCUGCUUUUACUGCAGCUCCUCUCUCUCUUUUCUGCGCGCUCUCACUGGUCGCAUAUCGGAAGUCGCGAGCAAAGCGGCCGCCAGUUGCUCUUCGCAUGCACUUGGGCGAACAAGACGCAGACGCAGACGAAGACGAAGACGCAGACGCCCUCGUCCUCCUCCCCCUCGUCGGUUCCUCGCGUCUCGGCAGUCGGCACCUGUUCUCGCUCGUCGUCUUCUUUGCCUUCAUGCGAGUGUGCGCGGACGUGCUCUCAUUGUUAGAUUAGACGGCUCCCCCCCCCCCACCCCCUUCUUCUUAUUUUUUAUUUUUUAUUUUCAUCAAACAAGAGUAUGACUUCGACGUCGUAUAACCUGGAUUAUCUACCGCUGACUGAUAGUCGGCUAAUGGCAGCGGGCGAUACGAUCAACGGCAUGAAGAUGAACGAGUCGUCGGAACACUUGGAUCAGCCAGACCCAGACUCCAUCAAGAUGUUUGUGGGACAGAUCCCUCGCUCCUGGUCAGAAACGGAACUCAAGGAGCUUUUUGAGCCUUUCGGAGCCGUACACCAGAUCAACAUCCUUCGCGAUCGCACCCAGAACCCCCCUCAGAGCAAAGGAUGCUGUUUUGUAACUUUUUAUACAAGAAAAGCUGCACUGGAUGCCCAGAAUGCCCUACACAACAUAAAGACCUUAAGUGGGAUGCAUCAUCCUAUCCAGAUGAAACCCGCUGACAGUGAGAAAACGAGUGCGGUGGAAGACAGAAAGCUCUUCAUCGGAAUGGUUUCAAAGAAAUACGGCGAGAACGAGGUCAGGAUGAUGUUCUCGUCCUUCGGCCAUCUGGAGGAGUGCCGAAUCCUGCGCGGACCGGACGGUCAGAGCAGAGGCUGUGCGUUUGUCACAUUUGCUACCAGGGCAAUGGCACAGAAUGCAAUCAAAACCAUGCAUCACUCUCAGACUAUGGAGGGCUGCUCCUCGCCUUUGGUGGUGAAGUUUGCCGACACUCAGCGGGAUAAGGAGCAACGCCGUCUGCAGCAGCAACUGGUGCAGCAGAUCCAGCAGCUCAACAGCGCCUCUACCUGGGGGAACCUGGCCGGCUUGGGCAGCCUCACGCCUCAGUACCUGGCUCUGCUGCAGCAGGCCGCUUCCACGAGCAACCAGAGCAGUUUCAACAGCAUUCAGAGGCUAGGAGUGAAUCCCCUUCAGCUGCAGAAUUUGGCCACAUUAGCCGCUGCGGCCGCGGCAGCCCAGAGUUCUGGCAGUCCGACCUCCGCCAGUGGCCUGUCAGCCGCCACCAGCGCGCUCGGAGCGCUUGCCAGUCCAGCCGGCUCAACAGCGGCUUCCAGUGCCAGUGCCGCCAUGAACACGUUGGCAUCUCUGGGCACCCUGCAGGGUCUCACUGGGGCCUCCGUUGGCCUCAACAACCUCAACGCUCUCACCAGCGGCGUCGGCGGAAUGGGGGCCCUGAACGGAGGCCUGGGCUCGUCCAUGGCCAACGGCUCGGCGGCCAGUUCCAUGGACGCGCUGACCCAGGCCUACUCAGGGAUGCAGCAGUACACGGCCUCGGCCCUGCCCUCCCUCUACCCCCAGCCUCUCCUGCAGCAGAGUAUCCCCGGCCACCAGAAGGAAGUAGGGCCAGAGGGUGCCAACCUGUUCAUCUACCACCUGCCGCAGGAGUUCGGGGACCAGGACCUUCUGCAGAUGUUCAUGCCCUUUGGGAACGUGGUGUCUGCCAAAGUGUUCAUCGACAAACAGACCAAUCUGAGCAAGUGCUUUGGGUUCGUCAGCUAUGACAAUCCCGUGUCGGCGCAAGCUGCCAUCCAGGCCAUGAACGGCUUCCAGAUCGGAAUGAAGCGGCUGAAGGUUCAGCUGAAGCGUUCCAAGAACGACAGCAAGCCCUACUGAUUCCCAAUCCCACCCCCCCCCCCACCCUCCCUGUUUACCCCUCCUCCCCAGCUCUAAUGCUAGCAAUGCUAGGAACAACUCUCCAUGCCUGUUUGCUCAUCAUUAGCCUAGCAUGUCUUCAUGAUGUUGAAAGGCAAGGCGCGCUCCCCGCUGGCCUCCUCCUCAUCUUCACCACCGCCAUUGUCUGUGAUGUCUUUCUAAGCUCGCCUGACCAAUACCUGGCCCCGCCCACUUAGCUCAACCUCACUUGUUUUCUGCAUGCGUGUUCGUCAUUUGUUUUGUUUUGUAUUGAAAUGUGACGGAUGGGAGAGAGGUCAAGCAAAAUUAAUGUGAAAACGUUCCUACGUUCAACUUUUUUUUUGUUUUUGUUUUUUUUUUCCUAUCGAAUGUUUUAAAAACCUGUGGGAUUUUUUUUGUUUUAGGUUUUUUUUUUUUUUUUUUUUUUAACGUUUCUUUUUAAUACCUCUCUCGGUAAGGUUCAAUACAGGGAUCGGCACGCCAGCUGUGCUAUUUGGUGCCAUUAGCAAUAUGUUCAAGAAAACAAAAGGCUUGUAAACCACUUUUUUUUUUUCCUGACCAGUAAAAACCCCUCUCGGCGCUCUUGAACGAGCUCUACAUUAAGCGGGCAGUGUGAAGAUUAUUUUUUUUUUUUCCUCCAUUAAGGCUACUUAAAAACUAGAUUUUGUUUUCAUUGACACAACUAUUCAGUGUACUUACUAUUUUGUUAACUACCAAUGGCACAAUAAAAGGUACAUUUGCUCAGUUUGGAGAAAUGACUACCUACGCGAGUCAACUUUUUUAGAACUGAUUCACAAAUAGACAAUCUGUGGUUUAAAUGCACACUUAGAUUACCUAUAUUUUAUACCAUUGAAAUCUAUAGCGGUGUAACUAAUGGAACCCAGACAAAAAUGUUGGGUUUUUUGUAGAUUUAUGUUGUAAUGUCAUCUGUGUUGGGAAGGGAAAAAGGGGGGACUGUAGUCUUCAGUGUAUUGCAUUUUUAAAGAGGACAAAAAAAAAAGCAGUUUGACAGUCAUUUCUACUAAAUUGAAACAACACUUGAAGUUGAAAAUUCCUCUGCAUUAAUUAUAUAUAUAUAUAUAUUAUUUUAGAAUGACUUGGUACGUCUUGUUGAUGUUCUGUGAAAUUUUUUUUUUUUCUUCUCCCCCCUCCGUUUCACUUUUUUUUUUUUUUUUUGGAUGCCUCAUGAUAUUUACAAUGUGUGUUAAUCAUACAGAUGCCAGACAAUGUGUUUUUGUUUUCUUGUCAAGGUGCCCAUGUGUCAAAAGUUUGGAAGUUACACAACACGCUUGAGUUUCCUUUCCGCACAGACGCACACAUACGCAGUUUGUGUGGUCAUCAAUGUGGGAGCCCCUGAAGAAGAGAGCACUCGGACAGCCGUUUUAUUUGAUCCCUAUUGAGGUGUAACCCACAAUUCCCACCACAGCGGUGUUGGUUUACAAAUACAUUCCACUGUUGCCGCAAGACGUUUACACUUGCCCAAAGGGUGAUUUUUUUUUUCUGUUUUAUUGUACCACACCAAAACAACCACUUCCAGCCCCCCCCCCCCCCCCCCCCCCCCCCCCCCCCCCCCCACUCCUGCAAAAAAGAGGAGUUACUCGACGGAUUGCGCUAAUGAGUUGACAACUCAGGGUUUUUCUUUGGUGUGUGAGAGAAACAAAUUAUGACAGAUGCACAGCUUUUGUUUGUUUUUGUCACCUUGUCUGCAAACACAACCCAAAACAAACUAGACCCCCACCACCCUAUUUGGAAAAUAUGUUGUCUUGUAAAGGAGCACUAAGCACAAAUAUGGGAGCUUUUCCUUUUUUUGGGGCAAAUAUUAGUGUACGUGUGUGUAUGUAUAUCCUAAGAGUUCCCUUUGAAUGCUUUUUACAGUGUUUUUCUAUCUAUAUAAUGCAAUACAAUAAAGUGCCAUACACGUCUAGAAAACUGCCUACACAUCCUUAUCAGGCCUUGGUUAGAUUGCUGCACUUCGCCUUUUUUGUGUCACUUGCUUAAAUGCCACCCCCCUUAAAGAAGUUAUUAGUAAACGUGUAUUGUGAUGUGAAGCAUUUGUAGAUAAACAAACGCCCUCCCCCUAUAUAUAUAUAUAUAUACACACACACACACACACACACAUAUAUAUAUAUAUAUAUCUAUAUACACAAUAUAUUAGAUGGUGUGAGCUCAUGCACUGGAACACUUUGCGACACCAUGUGGACUUGAUUUGACGUUUAUCAACAACUUUGUUAGUCAAGCAUUGUGUGUGUGUGGUGAAGUGUUUAGCGAUGGUGAACCUUAAAGAGGGAAAGAGGAAAAAGAAAAGAAAAGAAAAAAAAGCACAAUGUACAGACAGUCUCACUUCAGGGGCUUCCAUCACCAAAUUCCAGCUCCAACAAUCACACCCUUGUUUGAAUUCAAAAGUGCUUUUUUUUUUGGACAGUAUGGUAGCUUUGCAUUCUUUUUAGAUAGUCUUCAUCAAAUAAGAUGCAUAAAGUUUAUUAUUUCCUCAUAACUGGUGAUUUAAUAGAUGUUCCUUUUGUUUUGUCUUGAUGAAAAGCCAAAGUGGGUGCAUCUUGAUAUGAACUUAUGUUUUCUUUGGAACGAGAGUGGGAUUUAAAAAAGGAAGGAGGAAAAACAAAAAUCCGAGGCGUACACAGGCUUUUUCCGAUUUCUACAACUGGUUGUUCAUAAAUAAAUGUCUUUUGUACCAGUGACGCUUUUAUAUUGGAAAUUAAAAGAAAAGAAAUCUAAAUUGUCUGGCCUCUCAAUGUGGCCUCCUUGCCUUGAACAGGUCUUUUUGCUUUUUGCUGUUAUGAUUAUUAUUACUAUCAUCAUUUUGUGUCUUUAAAACGAAAAACAAGAAGCAAAAAAAAAAAAGAUGCCUGGUUUUGACUUUACUCUCCUCAGUUAGUCAAUCUGUUUUUUUUUGGGGGGGGGGGGGGUGAGAUCCUCUAAAUGGUGGUAAGUUUCAUGUUAGUAUUUGUGCAGUCAUCUGGAUUUUUGACGUGUGUGGAUAAUUGUCUUAGUUUAAGAGUUAACUAAUGGUUUAGUUUGAGCCUUGCUUUUUCCUUCCCCCCCCCCUCUAAAAAUCUAGAUUUAUUUUUGUUUUUUUGUUGUGUGUGUGUUUUUUGUUCAUAUUUUCCCUCCCCCCCAUAGCAGAGUGUGUAGACGAGAAACUCUGUUGUUGUUUUUGGUCGAUGUUUGUUCAUAUGUGGUGUGUUUCUUUGCCUCUGUCUCCAGAUUAAACCAUUUCCCCUAAUAUGGA